CUGGGAUCGCGCCUGCUGCAGUCGGGCUUCUUCAGUCUUCUUGGAGGCCAGCGGGCUGUGUGUGCGCAGAAUUGCCGCUGAGCUGCGGGCAGGCAGGCAGGCAGGCAGGGCUCCGUGGAGGAGAGGAAUUCGCUCUAGAAGCCGCCCAGCCUUGGCAGGCAACAGUCUCCUUCCUCCUCAGAUGCACCCAGAGGCUGCUGCUGCCAGGCAGAAAAGAAAGCAGACAGUCUGUCGGGGAGGAACCCAGCGACCUUGCUACAAGAUAGUUUACUUCCACGAUGCCUUACACAGGGUCAACUUCAAGGAAGCCUUUCAGGCCUGCGAAAGCGAUGGAGGAUCCCUGAUCAGUAUUGAAUCACAGUCAGAGCAGAAGCUGAUAGAGAAGAUAAUUGAGAGUCUUCGGGCUUCUGAUGGUGAUUUCUGGAUUGGGUUGACAAGACAAGCGGACCCCAACAACAGCACUGAAUGCCCAAGCUUGUACUCGUGGUCUGAUGGGAGUUUGUCCACGUUUCGAAACUGGUAUGCCGAUGAGCCCUCCUGUGGGUAUGAAAUCUGCGUCGUGAUGUAUCACCAGCCCUCAGCGCCUGCUGGGGACGGAGGCCCUUAUAUGUUCCAAUGGAAUGAUGACAGAUGCAACAUCAGAAACAACUUCAUCUGCAAAUACCCUCAGGAAAAACCAACAGUUGCCACUGAAAUGACUACCUCUCAAGCAGAACCUGGUUGGAGCCUUGCCUACAUCUUAAUCCCCAGCAUCCCGGUGCUGCUGCUGCUCCUUAUCAUCAUCACAGCCAUCUUCGGCUUCUGGCUUUAUGCAAAGAGGAGACGCGAACAAACAGAAGCAAAAGCAAAGGAACAGGAUGCCUGGUUGUCUCCCAAGAGGCAGAACAGCCCCAGUUUGGAAGUGUACAAUGUAAUUAGAAAACAAUCAGAAGCUGAUCUAGCUGGGACCAGACCACAAAUUAAGAACUCUUCUUUCCGGGGACGUUAUGGAGAAGACGCUCCUGACGACCUCUCUGGAGACUAUGAUAACAUGGCGGUCAAUGCUUCAGAGAGUGGCUUUGUGACCCUGACGAGCACUGAAAGCGGGUUUGUCACCAAUGAUAUAUAUGAACUGUGCAAUGACAGGGUGGGACGUAGCAAAGAAUCGGCCUGGGUAGAAAAUGAAAUCUAUGGAUAUUAAGGGAGGUGAAGCUCCCUGAAUAAGCAAAGUGGAAAUGAUACAAUUGGCACCAACUCUGGCCUACAGAGACAUACCCCAUGUACACAAAGGAAUGUGUUUCUGCACCUGGCAAAAGCUUAUCUUUUUAUAAGGAUCUUCCCUCCCCCCCCCGAAAGUGGGAAUGCGUGUUUAUAUCUCCAUAGGUAUGUAAUGCUCUUAUUCAACCCAGAAAUGACUUUGUGUGAUCCUGACUCCGUUCCUGGUCACACAUACAUCAUCUCCGAAUAAUCCACAACUUGACAAUAUUUCUGCAUCUGAAUAACAUGAACCUCAGUGAAAACUCCUGUUUUUAAGCUAAUUGGCUCAAUCCAGAUGGAGUUUGUGAGUUACUCACUGGUUUUUUUCCCAGAUCCUUGGCUAAAAAUACUUCAGGUGUAGCAGGUUGUCUCCAGCACCACCUGGUUUACCAGCUGCCUGGUCCUCAUCUUCAGGUAUUUUGUCUUCCUGAGAGCCAACAGUUUCCCAGCGAGGAGUGUUGUGUUGUGUUUUUUUUGCUCUUAUCCAUCCAAAUUUCUUUUUGCAGAAAGCAAUUAGCUUUCUUGUACUUCUGUCCUGAAGAUAUUACAUGGAAGUAAAUGCCAUCAGAAACCAAUGGCGCUUCAGCUGAAAUAAUAUCUUUAGGACUGGAGUGUCAGAUGCAGUCUCUGAAACAAAAAGGCUUGUUCAAAGAUGCUGAAUUAUUAAGACCUUGGAAUGGUUGCUUACCUAAUCCAUUCCUUUGGAAUGAUAUUACUAAUGCAAGGAUGAUAACUGCGGCCUGCAACUGGAGGGAUCCCUUGCAAAAAGGAAGCAUUUAAGUGACAUUAGAUGCUGCUGUACAAUGGACUUCUGUGCCUCGUUUGCUCAUAUGCCUCAAAAGAAAGAUUAAACUCUGGCCACUUAAUUCUAGAGGAGUCAGGUGACCAGCCACUGUCACACUGUCAGCUCUUUUAUAUUGUGUGCUGCUGGCAAGCUCUGCUGAACAUGUGGAAGACAAGUGAAGCUGUGAUCCUGGACGUCCUGGUGUGGAUGGGAUUGCCAAGGAAGUACAAUUCUAAAAGGAUUUGCAAGCAACCUGGAUGAGCCUAAUGACUGUACAUACCCUAGUGAUGUUGCUGGCUGAAAAUGAAUGCGCUAAAAAUCUUCUUAUAAACAUUCUGAUGGAGUUAGCAUCCAAAUCCUGGGUUCUUACCACCCCUCGGCAGCAUACUUGAGAUGUACUGGGAAAAGACGUACUUCUGUUCUCAUUAAAUACAUUAUUCUAAUUUAAUUAAUUUAACCAUUGAUCCUGAAGUGAGAGUUUUUAACUGUAAACUAUAGAUAAUCCAAGUUGACAAGACCUCAUCAUGAAUCAAGAAAAGGUCUGAUUUCUGUUUCUUGGAAGCACAAUGUAAGAUGCUAUUUUGGAGAGAAUGUAGUGGAGUUCUCCCAAGUCCCUUUCCUUCACAUUUCAGUUAACUUCUGCCUUGGAUAAUAUUGUCAGACCCAUGUGAGAAAAAGGAAUCGUGUGACUUUGGCUCCAUGCAAUCUGUAAUUCCUGACUGCACAGUGAUGUUGAAAGUUGUCUUGAUGAAUUCUACGCGAUUGUUCCUGGACAUGAACAAAUCAAAACAAGCAAUGCAUCAUUGUGGGCGGAGGGGGUGUUCAGUUUUCAUACUAUGCCUGCAGUUUUUAGCCUGAGCACCACUCCUGCCCCAGGAAAUAAGAUGUGAGUCAAAAUGUUGUUUAUCUUUGCCAUGUGACCGAUAAACGUCUGAAAGAAAUUAUUACCUGCUCGCAUGAGCUGGGACAGUGCUGCUGUGUAUGAGGCCACUAAAACUUUUCAUGUAUGAAACGCUCUCCUAUGGUAAACACUAAAGGAUUUUGUCGGGGUGAUCAUUAACAUUCCAAGUGCCGAGAGAACGGAACUCCAAAAACAGAAUCUUCACAAAUAGGCCAACUUCUGUGAGGGAAAUAUAAGGUCAUUUUGGCGGGGAAAUCCCCUUCACGUGCGCCCAGGAGGAAGAGGAGCUUAAGCAGAGGUCCCAGAAGAUUAACUGGGGAACAGGAAGGUUGAGGGAAAGAUGGGUGGAGGAAACAGGAAAUGGGCAAUGAGAGAGGGGGCUGUCGAAAAACAAGGUUUAAAGACAGGAUAAUUUUUAUACUAUUGGUGAAGGGCAGGAGGCAGGGAAUCUGGCUAAGAAUCAGUAUUGGGGUAGAGUAGAAAGUGGGCUGAGAAAAAGGACCCAGUGGAGCAAUGGGUGGCAAAGGCAUGAGGAAAGGAUGAACCAAGGAGAGAUACGAGUCUGUGUGCUAUUGAUAGGAAGGAAGAGGACAGAUACCACAGCUAUAGAGGUUUGUGGGAAACAGAGGGAAAGGGGAGUUACCAUUAUCCUGGAUUAUGCACAGUAUGCUGUAUGCUUGAACAAUUUUUUCCUUAAGUGCAUUUUCACAGAAUUCAGUGCACAAUUGCUGUCAAGCUUGCUGACCUCUGCUAUCAAGACUAAUUCAUUCACGAUUUCCAGACAAGUGAUAACUAGCAAACAUGUUGUAUGAAUGACCAAAACACACUGUUUGUUUCCUGCACUUAAUGGAUAAUCAAGAAGUAGUCCCUUUCACCCUUUCACCCAUAUAUUCAUUUGUGGGAAUACUUGGAAGUUAGCUUGUGGGGUGAUUAAUGCUUGGAGAAUCUUGGGGUUUGGUCUAGCUAACCUUUAGGCAUCCCCACUUCAUGAUGGAAUAGACACUGGUACCAAAUAAUGUAAAGUUUUGCAAAGUCACGAACCAUCACUCUGGUUUCAGCUGCUUCUCAGUUGUCCUGGACAUGGGUAUUGCACUCUUGACAUGUUUUUCUUGUGCAUGCCUGAAUGCAAUCUUUUGUGUCAUUUAUCAAGGAAUAAACUUGGUGUUUUUCCAGGGAUGACAGCGUGCUGGAAAAUGAAUAAAUUAUAUUAAGGUGGCAGGCA